AAUGUCAGCGUUAGGACAAGAGGCCGUCCGUCCGUGGUUACAUAUAUGUGCGUGUGUAUAUAUUUAGGCUUUGGCUUUGCUGUGUAACCGCUCAUCUGUUUCCUCUACGUCAGUUUCAGAGGUCGUUUUCCCCUCUUGUGCAACAGCUGGUGUUUGGUUUUAUAAAUGAUCCCUGGUGCUGGGUUAUUCCGAGGCUUCAGCAGGCACUGGGCUGUGUCACAACUGUGUUUGUUUUCUUUAAGCACAGUAGCAAUACAGGCUGUGGUUUGCUCAUUCCUCAGGCGUUACAGUUUGCCAUUUAAGACCAGUUACAGUGCUCAAAUUAGCUGUAUGCCUUUAACUUCAGAAAUGCUGGCUGUAGAAUUGAGCUCAGGUUCAGUAAACUUGUUAGCAUUCAGCUGAUCUGCGAGUGUCUGUGAAAGGCCUUAGGGAAGCUCAGGGGUGUCCGAGGGGCACUGAGGACACAAGAGCAGUACUGCCUGGUUAUCAUUGAGAAUUACAGGUUGAAGUCCUUCCCUAGAGGUAUAAACGAGUCAGAGCUGCAAUCAAACCAUCCAAGACAUCUUUUUCAGGCUGGAAUUUUAGUGUUUUGAUGUCAAUGAAGAGCAGGAUACCUCUCAUUCUUCUAGCUUGUGGCUCCUUUAACCCCAUCACAAAUAUGCAUAUGCGUUUAUUUGAGCUGGCUAGAGAUCACCUGCACCAAACAGGAAGAUACCAUGUGAUAGAAGGCAUAAUGUCACCUGUCAAUGAUGACUACAGAAAGAAAGGCUUGGUUUCAGCAAGGCACCGGGUAGCAAUGGCAAAACUAGCACUGGAGACAUCUGACUGGAUUCGAGUAGAUCCAUGGGAGAGCGAGCAGGAGACAUGGACAGAGACAGUAAAAGUGUUAAGGCACCAUUACAAUGAAUCACUCAGACUGCUGCAGUACAAGAAGGAAUUCAUGAAAAACAAACAGCCUUUAGAAGGAUCUACAGAGAAUUCCCUUUCUUCCCACUACACAGUUCUACCAGAAUUAAAGCUGCUUUGUGGGGCUGAUUUUCUACAGACGUUUCAGACACCCAACCUCUGGAAGAAAGAGCAUGUCAAAGAAAUCGUGGAGAAGUUUGGGUUGGUCUGUAUAAGCCGUGCUGGCUCUGAUCCUGCUCAGUAUAUCAGAGAAUCAGAACUCUUAACUAAAUUUCAGCACAAUAUCUUUCUGGUGAAAGAAUGGAUUCAGAAUGAAAUAAGUGCAACACUGAUACGUUAUGCCUUGUGCAGAGGAUUAAGUGUAAAAUAUCUUGUCCCAGAUUCUGUCAUAUCCUACAUUGCACACCAUAAUAUCUACACAGAAGAAAGUGAGCGGAAGAAUGAAGGUGACUUGCUUCAGCCUCUUAGGUUGUAUAACACAACAAGAACCCUAAACCCUAAAAAAGACCUUUUUUCAUGAGUAAUACUAAAACACGUCCAAUCUUUACUAGGCCGGAGAGUCAAGCUCAAAUUUUUGUUGUAUAAAAAAAUGUAAGUUAUGUUGUCUUUUUUUAAAGGUAUAUUUAUUUUUAAGUGAUAGGAAAAGGUGGUAUCAAACAAACAAGGAAAAAAAAAAACAAACACUCUUAAUUCUGGUUUGAAUAUAACAAACUAAAGUUUCAGUAAGUUGUUCUUUUCAGAACUGUUACUUAGACUAGGUACAUCUAUUUGUAAAGAAAACCAUUAAUUCAGCAUAGUCCUCUGUAUUGAUGAACAAAUAAAAUGGAAAAGAUACUGGUUUUGUGCCAAAAUAGAGAAGUACUGUGAUAACAGCAUAGGGCUUAAACUGUACCAUUUGAAAAGACACGAGGGAAAAUAAAUGAAAAUAGCUAAGAGGCUUUCUCAGUUUUUGAGCAGUAAGGCUAGCUUGACAAAUCUAUUCUUUUGUAUGUUGAUUGCCUAUUUUUCUGAUCCAAUCUAGCUCACUUUUAACAGAAGACACCUUCAAAGAAUAACAGGGGGAUAGCUAUUCUGUGAGCAACAACGAGCAUGUAAAGGUUGCUAUAAAAGCACUGCAGUAUCUUUGAUUUUCCUAUACUCAAGGAAGGAAAACAGCCAAAAACCUCACUUGAGGCCUCAGAAAGGUGUAGUUCCUUUUUUACUUGUUAAACAGGUCUGCAUAAAACCAUGGUGUAGUAGAAGACUCACUACUACAACGGACUUGUUGAAAACUAGCUACUGGCUUGUCUGAAAGCAAAUUACUGUUAUGUCUUCUCACUGAAUGAUUGCUAGUGUUUGACGCUUUCUGUAGUGUCACUAAAAUGCAAAUUAUUUUUUGACAUAAAAGCACACGUUUGACUCAGAAGGUUCCUGCUCUACAAAUUACUAAAACAUAGGAGAGUUAUUCCUUUGCACUGCCGGAAUCAGGGUGUGGAACUGCAAGGACUAGUGCAUUAGAACUGGUUGGAUGUUAUCCCUUUGAAAUAAAGAACUCCGCUCACAUAGUAUAGCGCUGUACUGGGUGAGGGUGGAAACAUGGGCAUA